AUGGCGCUAACGCCAUCGUCAGUGCCGCCAUUGCAAUGCGACGAUGAGGAAACGCUGACACUGCUCAUAAAGACUGGUGAUGUUGAUGCUAAACGUCUCGAUGGCUUUCAAAAGCGCCUCGAAGAAGACUUUGCCGUAAAAGAAGGCAAUCAGUACUGGGAUGAACUAGUAAAAGGACUUAACAGAAACUUUCGAUAUGCAUCUACGGCACUUCCAGAAGCGCCAACAGCCGCAGCAUCGGCCACGAAAGAUGAUCGGUUGGAAACGGAUGAGGGCAAAAAACACAUUGCUGCUCUUUGUGCGCUGCUUCAAAUCUCCAAGACAAGAGCGAUUGAAGUCACCAGAGGAAUUGUCCAAAAGCUAUACAAGAACGAGAAACUGCUGCCAGCACUGCUGGGAACUAGUGACUUUUUCCUCAAAUGUGUAGCAUAUCACUCUCAACAACGAUUGAUCCGAUUGCAGAUCUUGACCGAGUGCUUGCAAGUAGAACAGGACGACGAAAAGCCUGCCUCGGAACCUGCAUCCAAAGUAUUAGAUAGUCUGGAUGAAACAUUUGAAGACGAAUCGCGACAACGGGGCUUGUUUCGAAGAUUGCUGACUAUUGCCUGCACGCCAUUGGUACUGCCUACACGAGAUCAGAUGUCGCCCUGCCACGAUCUAACUUUCAAGACUACAUCAGGAUCUUCCGCCUACAACUCAAUAGCGGCAUCACUGCUAGAAGAAACAAGACUGCGGACUAAUCGGGAAAGAGUUCAAGCCAUGGAAGCUUUGCUAGUCUUGUUGUACCACCGGAUCAAGGGUGGAAUUCAUCGCCCCGAUCUGUGCAUCUUAGUCCAAGCUUUUCAGGCUUGUGGAAUGUUUGAAAGCAAGGAAGAGCGCUUGCCCCAUUUGGCGGGCCUCAUUUGUGCCGAAUCCAUGCAACUCUGGCGGGCAUUUCAGCCUGACAAUCAAAUUCUAUGGGCCUCGCAACAUCCAAUGUUACUGGAAGCUUCCAGUAAUAGAAUACAAAUGGAAACGGAAGCUCUCAAGACAAUAUUGUUAGAUUCCUCAAGCGAGGUCACCAAUCUACAGGGUCCUCAAUCCUUGGCAUUGCUGUCCUUUGGACUGCUUCUUCGAUUGGCCUACGAUUCGCUCGCCAAAUCAAGUACAGCCGAUGAUUCACAACCCUAUUGGAGAACCUUUCAAGCAUCAGGAGCUGAGAUUGUCACCAUUGCCAAUGAAUGGGGAUUUGAAUACCUCAAUGAAGCCAUUUCGAAUCUGGUGGAGAGCGAUUUGGCUCCAAGUUCAACUCCUCAGGGCGAGCUAUUCCAAUUUUACGACUGGCAGCUCUCUAAUCCAAAAUCCUCUCCAAUGCUGCUAGAGGCGGAUACGGAAAUCAAUACUCCGGCAGAUAUCGUGCUGUACACAAGCAUCGCUCGUGAGGUCGUGGUGUCUUCCAUUUUGGCCUUUCCUAAUAUCUUGUCUACCGAAUCCACUGAAAACCUUGGAAUGCUCUGCAAUUUGGCCAGCUAUCUUUAUCAGGCCAACCCUGUCUUGGCAGAAGAAUUUUGGUCACUAUGGCAAGACUUCAUUUCAUCGAAUCCACCAGAGAUGCCACUGCCCAUGUGUGACUUGUUCCAUGCCGCACACGGCCUUGCCAAUCGGGCUCUUGCUGCUUACCAGCAAAAAGACAUUUCGAGUGAAGUGUUGUUGCCAGCAGUGGCACCAUUCUUUCAACUACUGGCAUCACUGUGCCAUAGUCCGGACAUUGUCGAAGCCACACUUGACAUUUUGGACGAUGGGCUCAUUCGUUCUGCUCUCUUGGCUUGCUAUUUGCCGGAGGCGGUGGCAGGGUCGGAAGAAUACAUUUCUAGCCGGACGAUUGUGCUGAAUGCUCUAGUGAAUCUUUCGAAAACAGGUCCAUCGAAGGCCUCGUUGGAGAAACUAAGACUUUCUAUGGAAGAUACGCAAGGAAACCAAGUCAUGGUUGAUGGUCCUCGGGUGCUCACGAGAAUUGCGAUUUCCACCAAUGAUCCAAAAGUGAUUGACCCCGUUCUUCAGUUGAUGGCAUCCCUACUAGAUGGCGCAUCCCAAAGAUGGGCCAUGCAAUUGGCACGGCAGUGCAUGCCAUCGCAACGGCAGAAAUCAGUACUCGCUACUUUCUUGGAACCAGGAACGGGGACAACCAAUGCAGCUGCAACGGUCCUUGCGGGAUUCAUUGAGCAAAUGACUUCGGUGGUAUUUUGUGAUUCGUUCCAGGAUAAUGACGCAACUGCCUUCUUGCAAGUUGUGGGAGAAGGAAUCUUGUCCUCCGGUACUGCGUUGAUUCCAUACAUGUCAACUUCAGCCUCGUCGAUCGGUGAAGUGGAAGUCUGCUACGAGACUGCAGAAGUAGUACUUCGUGCCUUUGCUCGAUUCUUGAGUCUUAUUCGAGCGGUGAUGGAACUGCAUCCGUCUCCCGCAGUCAAGUCCGCAGCAUACGAUGUGAGGGAUUCACUCAUCAAUACUUUGGCAACCAGCGUGAGUUUGGGAGAAGCCAUUGCACACUAUGCUGUCGCUCCCGUGUCACUAGGCAUUGCAGCACGUCUUUGGGAUGCGCUGGAAAGUGGUGAGAUUGGAACGGAAGUAUUGGAAACCAAGUCGGAAGGUGAAAAGAGUUUUGGAAAGUGGCAAUUCGUUGCUUCCAAAAAUAAUGGGCAAGAUAGCGACGUAGUGCGCGGCAAAAAGCUGCUGCUGGAUGCCAUUUCAGAAUUCUGUGGGAAGGAUUUGGACCUGGAAGGUCUACAACAGAAAAAUUGGACGGGAACAACAACCGACAGGCUAGCUCCAUUGCGAGUUGCGGAAUCUGCUAUGCAGCUGCUGUCAAUGUGGUCAUUGCAUGUUGACGACAUUGUCACUGACCGAACUCAAGGAAGUGAUUCCACGUUGGUGCAGUCAGGUUUCGAGUUGAUCAGCCAAUUGAGCCCAUAUGGGAUUCUCACCAGCCGUGCAACAUGUCCAUAUCCUUGUCGAGAGAACAGCACCUUUUCAGCUUCGUGGGAAUCAGCGGGUAUACCGAAUUUCGACUUGGUCUUGGCCUAUUUCGCAGAUCCAGGAGACGACAGCACGACAGCUUCUGCGAUUCCAACAAUCGUUUCCUUGGAUGUCCUCCACGCGUGCAUUGUUCAUGCUCGGCAGUCAAGCUCCAUCGACUCGGAAGGUGCAUCCGUUGUUUUUCGUGCAGUUCACAAUUCUGAGAGACUCCCAAAACUGAUUUCAAACUCAAUAAGCACAGCCAAUCAGCUGGCUGACAAGUCUACUCUCACGGGCAGUGACAACACUGCGGUACUUCAUGGGUUGCUUGGCUUGAGAUUGUUAUGUGCAUGUAUCGAGGCGAGCCCGGCAAUUGCUGACAAGAUGCUUCAUAUGGAAGGAACUCCACUUUUGCCUGCUCUCACCAAAAUGGCGUCCAAGGUCCGUGGUCUGCUAGGACUUCCAGACGAGAGCGCGGCAGAAGUUUUGAAUAGCAACUCUGCAAUGUUACAAAUGAGGCUGGCCGCAGGAGCGGUAACAGCUCUGUCGGCGGUGUGGACAUCAGCUCGGUCCAUGACUCCAGGCCCUUCAGGCUCGGCUAGUGCGCGGCUAGGGGAGCUAGUGGAUGAGGAGGCUUCAUUUGUCACUGAUCUUUUGACAGCUGUAAUGGAAUACUCAAGUGCGAACGAUAUUGAAUCAAAGAUCCCGCCAUCUACAGAGUCGGAAUAUGCCAGGUGCGCACUGACAACGUUCAUGUCAAGGUCCUUGGACAUACUGGCCACAGAAGUUGCGUAUUAUCGAUGCAGUCGCGAGAAUCGAAAUCCAGCCCUAGAAGCAGCUAUGAAGGGAAGUUUCUUCCAGCCCCAAAGGUUUACAGGCUUCAAUGGAUUCAAGUAUGCUGCCGUCAGCACAAUGCAUUUUGGCUCAAUGGGUUUCGACAGGCUACAGUGCCUGACAAGACCAACAGUGCUGCUAGACUGCUUUCCCACAACGGCAACAUGGCAGUCUUCGCACGAUGCUUAUGUUCUUGAGAACACGUUUGAUGUUGGAGCAGCGACGAAGUGGCUAUCGGAGAUAUCUCAACAAGAAGAUGAUGAAAUUGAGCGCAUUCUGUCCCGCCUUUCCGUUACUCAUCAAUUUGCAGUUUGCGACCUGCGAUUAAUUUCAUCUUGGAAACGACUUGCGGAGUCUCUUGUUCUUUUCUACGAUGAAGAAAAUGCGCGAGCAAACAGCUCCAAUGCAAACUCGGAGAGAUUGGUGGUUUUGGCAAAAGAUACCUUGCAAGCAUUACACCUAAAUAUUGCAGCUAUCAAUGAAGCACAGGUUGAAGUUUCAGAAGACUUCAUGCAGACAAGUGGCAAUCAAAUGGCGAAGGCGCUGGCAGAGUUGUUUCUCUUCUUGCUGGAGAUGGCUUUUCAAGAUGAAGCGGCACCAGGGCUUCUGGACAACGACGAUAUUUUGGACUUCCUCGAACUUUUGGCGAAAACUAGCGAGAUGGUACAUACGAUGGUCUCAGUAUCACGUGCUGGUGCCUUUGCAACAGGGAGUCUUGAGAUGUGUUGCACUUUGGAAAGGCCCCUUCUUGCUGCUGCAAUACUGCUUGACAGCGUUUUGGGUGCCCGGGCGACUCUAUCUCGUGGGCAGCUGAAGCGAGAAAGGGAUGUGUGCACUUCACUUUGUCGAGUAGCCAGUACUGUUUUGAGGGUUCUAGGAAAGGUUCUGCAAGAAGCUGCUAGCGAUCCUCUUGUUACAGAUCAAAGGAAAGGAGACAACAGAGAAACACUUCGAUGUUGCAUCUCCCUUUUCACAAUACUUGUUGCCAAAGGGCAUGGAUCACAAAUGAGUGACGCUUCGUACUUCAAGCUUGUUUCGAAAACAUUGGUGGAGUAUGAUGCUCUGAAAGAAAUCAUUGACCAUGGGAUGCAAGCUUCAAAUGCAGCCGCAAGCUCGAUUCUCUCUUCUGAAGGCGACGAAGUCUACGGGACAAGGGGACCUUCGUCUACCGAAAUUGACAGUCUUGUCGUUGUUCAAUCAGUUCUGAAUCUCCUCUACUCCGUAGCUGAAACAGACAACGCGGACAUGCUUUCGAUUUUCAUUGGCACACAAUUGUCGCAGUUUGUCACGAGGAACCCACUCUUCCAAUACGUAGGACGGGCUUGGACACAGAAUGCGCGAAAUGCACCUCCUCGAGGUUAUGUCCUUUCUCGAGAAGCCGCAGCUUCAAACAGAAGUUCUAUUUUGCCUGGCUCGUUGCAGCUCUACAGGAGCGACCCGCUGCAUUCAAUCUGGUUGACUUCAAUGAAGGUUUUGCAAACAUCCCUGAGAUCUUCUACGAGAUGCCUAAAUAUCCAGGGUACCGAAUCGAUUGGGAAACAUUUCUUCAGCGCAUCAGUAGAAUUUCUUGAGAUUCACCGAGUUGCUAUUCUUUCGUGUCUGAAGUCAUGUGGUUCGGAACUCACUGGCAACAUGUUGCUCGAAGCUACACAAAUCUUUGCGCUUGCUUCCGAGCUUUUCAAACGAGACCAUCGCGAUGCUUUCUUCCACACAAGCAGUUCCAUGUGUGAGGAACUCAUCGAAUGGGCAAAGGCCGUGAUUGUGAACAUUAGCAAACUUCUUGGAGCUGCUGGAACGGCGCGAGAGCUUUUCCGUGGUUUGGAAGAGCACGAGUCAAUGGACCCGGACCUUAUCGAACAUAGCUCUGGCCCAAAUGAUAAUAAAGCUCGACAUCCAUUGCUUUCCGGGGGGCGUUUGCAGGAUGCAAAGCAUGAAGCAUACAAGUUUUCUCACUUUGCUGCCAGAUGUUGCAAGAGAGUUACAGGUAUGGACAUCAAAAGUGGCUCAACAGUGCCCUCGCGCUUGCGUCAUUUGUCUCUCGACCGAAAGAACGACGAGCCCCUGGAACAAGCGUGUCGAUUGUCUGUCACGAGUGAUUAUGCCAUGAGAAUGGAACGGGUAGCAUCUCAGUGUCUGUCGCAAGCAGUUUCCACAGUCUGGAAAACCCAUCCCGUCUCGCACUCUUUCAAGGUUUUCUCUGAACGGGAAGUCAUGCAGCUCGACGUGAUGAACCUUGUGCAAAAUGGUGUCGUAAUUGGUUACAGAACAUCUUGUGGUGAAAGCCUCCUUGUUGAUGGCACUUCUGAAACUUUUGACGACCUACGGUUCGGACGCGUUUGCAGUGGAGAUACUUUGAAUCGAACUUGGACUGUCAAGGUUAUUCGGGGCGAUGGCGAUGUGGCUACUGGAGAAGUUGAGGCCGUACGAGCUAGGCAGCUUGCUGGUAUAGAGGAUGUAUCUAUGCGAAAGGUCGCCACAGCAUACUUGCCAGCGCCAGACACAAUCGAAUCGCUCGAAAAGGGAUCACCAUCAUUGAGUGUUGGCCAUUUAAUCCUGGUGCUCCGUUGGUGCCAUCAAAAGUUUGUGUCACUACGUGAAAGCAAAUUGCCGGAUGGACCAGCACACACCAAGAAUGUGAUACGAAUCGCGGAGCAAACCGUUGCUCUUCUCGCUGCCGAACUUUCGAUCCACGCAGAAAUUGAAAGUGAUUUGAACAUGCCGAAGGCAGAAAAAUCACAACUUGACUUUCAAAUAUAUGAGAUGUUUGCUGACCCCGAAGUUUUAUCUGUUCUGGAUACGAAUGUGCCUAUCUCAUCGGCGCAUAUGCAACAGGGUAGACUCAAGGAUUUAAUUCAAGGUCCUGCGUGGGAUGCUAUCCGACCACAGGUUAGACAGGAGAUGGAGCGAUGUUUGAAAGCUAUUAAGGAGCACGAGCAAAAGCCGCAAAAGAGAUCUUUUGGGGAGACUAACUGGUAUUCUGGAAACCUUGGUCGCUCUCGGGGAUACAAGAGUGCAUUCCGAGGAUAG